GCUAUAUACCGAGCGGGCAGUGUACGCAUCAUUCAAGCAUGUCAAAGAAAUCAGGUUCAUUGAAGUCAGCCGCUGGUACUGCUGGUGGUGGAGCGACUUCACAAAAGCCAUUGUCUCACACCUUAUGGUCUCCGUAUGAUACUGUAAGAGAUGUGAGCGAUACGUUAGGUAUCUCGUGGCAAUUUUCUGAUGAAGUGGCGAAGAAUCUAGCCAUGGAUGUCGAAUACCGAAUUCAUGAAAUUAUAGAACAAGCUUUGAAGUUUAUGAGACACGGAAAGAGAAAGACUUUAACUACCCAGGACAUCGAUAGAGCAAUGAAAGUUUUAAACUUAGAACCGUUGUAUGGAUACGACACAUCCAAACCAUUGGUGUUCAAAGAAGCUAUGAUAGGACCUGGGCAAACCUUGUACUAUAUAGACGAUGAUGAGGUCGAUUUUGAAACCUUAGUCAAUCAACCAUUACCGAAAGUGCCAAGAUAUACAACAUGCACUGCACAUUGGUUGGCAGUUGAAGGUGUCCAGCCAACGAUACCUCAGAACCCAAAUCUAUCUGAUAUAAAACAGCUACCAAUUUCCCAAAGAGGAAUAAUUGAAAAUAUGCUCAGUUUGAACAAUGAUGAAAUCGUAUUAGUUACAAACCCUAAAACUGGUAUCACCACUGUGGAAUCGAAGCAACCUGAUAAGAAGGAACUUGAAGUUCGUCCGCUUGUCAAGCACGUUCUAUCAAAAGAAAUGCAACUUUAUUUCAAUAAAAUUAUUGAGGUUUUGAUGGAUGAAUCUAAUGAUGCCUUAAAGACAGCAGCUUUGGAGUCCAUAAGAUCAGAUACAGGAUUACAUCAAUUGGUUCCGUACUUAGUUCAAUUCAUCGCAGAAACAAUAGCUCAUAACUUAAAAAACUUGAACUUGCUAACUACUAUGCUAAUGCUAAUCUAUUCCUUGAUUUCAAAUACAUCAAUUUUCUUGGAUCCUUAUGUUCAUGCUUUGAUGCCUUGUAUCUUGACCCUCUUGUUGGCCAAGAACAUAGGUCCAAUUCAAAAUGCCACAGAGGAAGAAAAACAAGGGCAUUUUCAAGUCAGAAAACUUGCUGCCUCUCUUUUACAGAAAAUCAUUGAAAAUUUUGGGUCUUCCUACAACACCCUCAAGCCAAGAAUCACAAGAACAUUGCUCAGGGCAUUUUUGAGUAAUACCACAAGAAAUUCGAUCGGUACACAAUACGGUGCAAUUAUGGGUAUGAAAUCAUUAGGUGGGGAAGUCAUUAGGAUUGUACUAGUGGGAAACUUGCGGACCUGGUCAAAUGUAGUCCUAGAGAAUUUUCCCAAGGAUAGUGAAAAUCGGAAAAUUUUACUGGACCAAAUACUAGAAUGUCUUUCGAUCUUGGCAAAAGAUGGUGAGUUACUACUGACAAACAAUAACUAUAAAAAGCAUAGACUAGAGUCUAACGAAGAAGAAGAUGCAGACAACAUGGAUGUUGAUUCAAAUGCAGCUCCUAAGGAUGAAAUUACUCAGGAAAUGAAGGAUAAACUUUCUCAGAGAGUAGGUGAACUAAUUGCAGAGAAUAUUCUUGAAAAAGAGAAUGCUGUGGCUUUAUUUUACGGUAUCUUUUUUGGCGAAACGAAUUAGGUCGGCCUGUACUUCAUUACGAAUUAAUCAAUGCUUAGAAAAGACUCCACGUCGAUGGAAAUAAAAAGAUAAAACUGUAUAGUAAUCGAACAUGUAACUUUGAAUGAAUUUAACUAAAGUCAAGUUUCCUCUUUGUAGUCUUCUUAGAAUGUGCUGUUGAAGUAGAGACUGAAAGCUUUGUGGUGGAAGGAUAUAUUUGUUGUCCUUUUCCCGUCCAUUGCUCGUU